AAAGAACCACUCACAUCUGUUGAUCCACCUCAUACAUUGCACGCAUUUUCGCGGACCAGAAGUGAUGAGAACAUUCUCAAAUUGGACAUCCCUGUAGCCAUAAAAUGCAAUCUCUACCGCAAUUCAAACAUCGUAGGUUGCCGCCACCGCCACCACCACCGCCUUAUGAAAUACAGAAUCUUGAUAAAAAUCAACCAUUACCAUCAGUUUCUUCGAUAACGACUCCAUCAUUGAUCACAAAAAUGAAUAAACCUAACAAAUCUAGCAACGGCAUGAAAGAUAGUGACGAGGGAAAGACCGACGAUAUGUUAGACAUCCGAACACUUCGCGAGAAAAGUCGCAACUUGGAUUUACCAUUAAUUGCCGCACUGUGCAACGAUCAAUACUUGUUGAAGCAAACGAAGGCCUUUGUCUUGCCGAAGCAUCCUAGCGAGGCCACGUCUACGCCAACAUCCAUGAAGAACAGCAUACGGGCAGCAACGGAGCGACCUUGAGCAGGAACAAGUAUCCGGUGAGCGGAUUAUCAACAACACAAAUUCAGAAAUCAUCUAGGAAAUCCUCGACGAGCACUCAUAAGCAUCUUUCCGAAGCAAAGAGUAGUCCUUAUAACGGCAAUGCUUCUAUUACAGGAUUUCAACGAAUAAGAAAGACUUCACAUCUCAUUCCUAACGUAAUUCUUAAUGUCUCUUCUCUCUCAUUUAGGAUAAAACUUACAUUUUUAUCAUAAUCUCAUGAUGUUAUCGCAUUAUUGCAUUAAGGUGAUCCUAAAUUCCGUCUUGUUUUAUCGAUAAAACAUUAUUUUUGUGCACUC